AUGGACGCCCUGACUGACUACGAAGUCAUACGGAAGCGUAUCCUGAUUGAUGGAGAUGGCGCUGGAGAUGAUCAGAGAAUUAAUCAACUAGUGAGACGUUUCAUUAAAUGGUGCAACUCUGGAUCCCAGGAAGAGGGAUACAGCCAGUACCAACAUAUGCUGAUCACACUGUACCAAUGUGAACUUUCAAUGGGCAAAGCUUCAAUGAUGUAUGAUAUGAAUCUCAGAGAAGUGGAAAAUUAUGAAAAAACUUACAAAGAAAUAGAAUGUAGCAUUGCUGGAGCACAUGAAAAAAUUGCUGAGUGCAAAAAGCAAAUUCUUGAAGCAAAACGAAUACGAAAAAACCGCGAAGAAUAUGAUGCAUUGGCAAAAGUGAUCCAGCGUCAUCCAGACAGGCAUGAGACAUUAAAGGAACUAGAGGCUCUGGGAAAAGAACUAGAGCAUCUUUCACAUAUUAAAGAAAGUGUUGACGAUAAGCUAGAAUUGAGAAGGAAACAGUUUCAUGUUCUUCAUAGUGUCCUCCAUGAACUUCAGCAAACACUGGAAAAUGAUGAAAAGCUCUCAGAGGUAGAAGAAGCUCAAGAAACAAGCAUGGAAACUGAUCCUAAACCAUAGACCAACUAAUCACUCACCAUUCCCAAGAAUAUUGAAGUAGCAACAUGAUCUUAGUGUGUUCAGAAUUUGUUGUGCUCUUGAGACAUUUAAAGU